GGCGAUGUCUUCUGUUUUAUACAGAAAAAAAUGGGUGAACCAGCAGCGGAGUCAACGAUUUAAAUAGUUUUAGGGCUCUUAAGAGGAGACAUGAAAUUUCUCCGUUACAUGUGAGACGUGUAGCCAAUUUAAUUCAGUUUGGCAAGACAAGAAUCGAAAGUUGUCUUAACCAAGCUUUUAGAUACCGCAUCUUUUAGAUACCGCAUGUUUUUUGGGAAAACACGAAUUGCCGUUCAUUUUGAAGGGGAUGACUCUGACAAUAGAGGAAAUUACAGGGAAUUGUUAACAUUCAUUGCCAAAAAAGAUCAAAAAUUUUCCAAACAUCUGGAAACGUCGACUGUUUUUUCGGACGGCUUGGAUUAGUCAUAG